AUGAAGGCCGUUAUGCUUCUCUCCCUGCUCGCGAUGGUGCUUGCCGUGGCCUUCGCCCAGAACGGUUGCGUCCGGGACGACAGCGAUGGGCAGCCGCUGUGCAAUGCGGCGGAGAUGGCCACCCCGCUGUGGCGUAACAACUGGGAUCCGACCGCGUACUGGCAGUGCGAGACCGCCAACACUCCGGCCACCUACCGUCGCUGCCCGACCGAGGGCAUGUUCAACAGUGUCACCCGCACCUGCAUCAACUGGUUCGACUGGGAGUGGACCCCGACUUGCAAGCCUCCGAGCCGCGUCUAA